CAAUUCCUCAUUGAAUAUGUCAUUGUCGGAACUGCAACACCAGGCUACAAUCAUGUGCAGCAGAUAGCAUCAGUGCAACCUGUUCCGUAUCUUGCUCCCAGAGCCUGACCGGAAGUCUCCACCAUGACACGUCUCAUUGGCCUAAGGCAUGCAGAAGGUCUUCAGCUCGAGGCCUUAGGGGGGGCUGAGCUUGACAAGGCUACGCGCUUGUAUAGAGCAUAUGCUCAAGGUCAAAAGCUCAAGUAUCAGCCUUCUUGCUGUCAUUUUCGAGCCUGAUCAAUAGAGUCUUUCUCUUUUGUUGCGUCUUAAGGGAGGUUCUCCAAGUCAAUCGUCUCCUAAACAUCAGGACAACGAAAAUAACCAUGGCCGAACUUACUAUCGGUUGCAUAUCGUUUCUGUUCCAGGUCUUCUCGGGAUGUGUGACCGGCAUUGAAAUCAUCACAGAUGCGUCGAAUCUAGACAAAGACUUUCAGUACUUGCGAGUGCGGAUGAAGUUUGAACAGUAUCGUCUACUUGACUGGGCCGAGAUUGUUGGCAUUGAUUACACAGACGAGAAGCUCAUUCUCAACAAAACGACGAAGGCCCUGGUUUUGGACCUCCUAGAGCAACAAAACAUACUGCUCGCUCAAUUUGGUCGCCGGGAUACUAAAUACAAGAGGUUCAAGAGUCCCCUCCUUGUCGAGCUCGCGGAAGAGUUUGAUGGCAGUCACUCCACGGUUUCCUCGGAGCACCUUCUGGAGAACGGUGCCAGGCUGCAGAAAAGGGACACCGACUUGACGCGGUUCCCUCAAGCUAAGGAUUUGUUGAAGAAAUCUCUCGACUUCUCGAAGAAAUUCAAAGACGUUCCCAGACGGCUCAAGUGGGCUUCAUGGGACAAGGCCAAGAUGGAGACUCUGAUUGAAAAGCUGAGCAUGUUCAACGACCAGAUCCGCCAGGAACUCAACACAGCUCAGCUGGGCAGCCUUGUCGACAAACAGAGGAGGACAGAGUACCAGGUUAUGCAACUGAACAACAACCUUCAGAACUUGGUGCAGAUCUUCCAGUCCCAAGUACUCACAGUACAUUUGGGUCAGCCGCACUAUACCAACGGCCGUUCCAUCAUGCCAGUCGAGGAGUCCGAGUAUGGUGAUUACAGUUCUGAGAAUCGCCCUCGUCUUCCUGCAUCUCAGGGUCUAGCUGCUCUAGCACAAUUCAAAGCUAUCAGCUAUGCCAUCGAACAUCCCAAUGACCUCACACAGAGUUUCACACAGGCCAUCGAGUUAUCUCAAUCACCUAGGGAAAUCUGCGAUGCUGAACUCGCUCUUGAGGACAUCCGUCCUCAAGACACUGAUGAGUUUCCAGAAGAAGUUGAGGAAGGACAGCGUACGGAAGCCGUUUACAAGGAUCGCUCUGUUUGGAUCGAAUGGAAGAUGUCCGAGCCCGCAGCUGUUCAACCCGACGGAUUGGACCCUCAAAUCGAGGUGCGUGUAAAGAAGCUUGCAACCUUGCUCAAAGAAAACAACAGGACAGAGCAAUUUCGCGCUCCGCGUUGCUUUGGGUAUUUCAGGGAGAAAGACGUAGGUCGAUUCGGCUUGGUGUUCGAGAAGCCUCAAACAGUACCGAACGCAGAGGCACCUCAAUCUCUGUACUCCUUGUUGACCGAUGCAAACGUUGAGAUUCCUUCACUGACCGACCGCGUCACACUCAUGCGCUUGCUCUCUGAAACCAUCGAGCGUCUACAUGCCGUCAAUUGGCUACACAAGGGCCUCCGUUCGGCUAAUAUCCUCUUCUUCAAGGACCCCUCCACCCAGGAGAUCAACUACUCUCAGCCCUACAUUUCAGGCUUUGACUACUCUCGCCCCGCCAUGAACGAUGAAAUGACGGAGAAGCCACCCGAGAACGCAGCUUCGGAUAUCUACCGCCACCCCAUGGUACAAAGCAACGGGAAUCGCGAAAGUACUGGAGAUCGACCCAAUUUCAAGAAGAGUCAUGACUUAUACUCUCUUGGCAUACUGCUGAUGGAGAUCGCGUAUUGGCAACCGGUCAACAAGAUUCUGGACAUCGUCAUCACAAAGGAUACUAAGCCGAGCAUUACGUACAAAGUCAGGGAAAGAUUACUGGAGGAGAAGAUAUGGCUGAACAAGGUGAAGAGCUAUUUGGGAAACACGGUGGAGAGCGUAGUCCGGGCUUGUCUCGAAGGCCCCACUGCCUUUGGAUUGGAGGAGGAAUGCGACGAGAAGAGGGAAGAGGUAGGUGCGGAACUGCAGAGGAUGUUUGCUGAGAACGUCGUUGAGAGGCUGGCUCAGAUGAAGGGUUUGUGAGUGUUCUCAAUUUUCCGUAUGGUGCAAUUUCUACCUUCGCGCCACAAGCAUAGAUCUUGCUUUUUUCAGUUGCUUCUCCCUCCUUCUACCAUAGAUCCAAUUCAAUACCCUGUAUGCUUU